CUAUCAUGUCUCCCCUGGUCCUUCACUAGACUAGUCAUGCCCAGUUUUGCUUCAUAUGUUUUAGCCUCCAGUCCCCUAAUCAUCUUUGUUGCUCUUAUAUAUAUGUCUUAUAUAAGUCUAGGUGCUAAGUGCUAUAGCUAUAGCUCCACUCAAAGGAGGCUUAGUCUUACACACCCACCCACUUAUCUUACAUACACAAAGAGAACAAAAACAACUCCUUUGACAAGUGUUGUCCGCGUAUUCCUGGGUUCACGCUCAGCACUCCAGUCACGCGUUCGCAUCGCCACACCUUCUAUACAGCUCCAAGCCACAGCUGCAAAAGUCGAAUGGGAAACGACCACUGCACUGGCUGUAGCCCCCCCCCCCUCUACCUGCCCGGGUGGCUAGGUCGACAAACCUCCAGCCUUCGGUUUGAAUAUAUCGUAAAACUGCUCGCUCGCAAGCAAUUGCAGCGAGAAGCCGGGAAAGGCGGACCUAUAGGCCUCCACCAGCGCUUCCGCAAGUGGGUUCCGCCUUCUUCGGCGACUACUAUGGCCGUCGCCCGCCAGGACGACACACGAGCGCUGCUAGCUUGGGGAGCAAACAGUUAUGGACAACUUGGCCUUGGUCAUAAAAAUGAUCUGCUGCUGCCGAAGGCUGUGAAGUCAUUUAUCUUUAAUCAGAAUUGUAUCAAAAGCAUUACUGGUGGUGGAGGUCAUUCUGCUAUUCUUACCGAUACUGGAGAGAUCUUUUUCUGUGGCCAGAAUAAAGAUGGACAGUUGGGACUUGGUCAUACUGAGGAUGUGACGCAUUUUACCUUAUGUUCUUCUCUUUGUGGCUGUCCUAUCGUGCAAGUUGCCUGUGGCUGGGAUUUUACAAUUGUACUUGCUGGAAAUGGCCAAGUAUUCUCCUGUGGAUCUAAUUCCUUUGGACAAUUGGGAAUUCCUGAUAUUUCAGGCAGAUGCGCUAUUCCUGCAAUGAUUAAGUCUUUACAGGAUAAAGUAAUAAAUGUUGCUGCUGGACUCAGGCAUGCUGUUGCUGUGAUUGAAAAUGGUUCUGUAUUUCAAUGGGGAAUUGGUAUGGCAUCUCAAGCAAAGCGAAUGUGCCAAGAAAAAAAUAUUCCUUCCUUCUUGAGGGCAAAGGAACCUUGCAAAGUACCAGGUUUUGAAAAUGUCAAAGUGAGGAGUGUAGCUUCUGGCUCACAUCAUGUUGUGUCACUCACUGAUGAUGGAGAUUUAUAUGUUUGGGGAAACAAUAAGCACAAGCAACUAUUAAGCAAAGACUCUGUUGUUUUGGAACCUCAGAAAAUUGAAGCUUACUAUUUUGAGGGUGAAAAAAUUAGAAGAAUUUGGAGUGGUUGGACACACUUGGUGGUGCAAUCAGAGACAGAGAAAGUCUUCACCUGGGGUAGAGGAGACUAUGGUCAACUUGGAAGAAGUGAGAUGCCGUGCGAAAGAGAGAGCCAGGACAGAAAGAGAUCAAUAGAGCAUCAUUUGAAAGAGUCCUCUUUUGCUCCUGCUACAGUGCCCAAACUCUCUGGUGCAUCUGAGAUUGCAUGUGGUUCAGAGCAUAAUCUAGCAAUAGUUGGUAAUCAGUGUUUUUCCUGGGGAUGGAAUGAGCACGGCAUGUGUGGCAAUGGAACAGAAGAAAAUGUUUGUCUUCUUCAGCCUGUGGGAGCUCUUUGUUCUGCAGAGCUGCUUUCAAUUGGAUGUGGAGCUGGACACUCCUUAGCAUUUUGCGGUUUACCAGGCUUAGACGUAACACUGUAGAACCCUCUGCACAAUUUUAAAUUCAUUCUAAGGCAGGGGUCUCCAACCUUGGCAACUUUAAGACUUGUGGACUUCAACUCCCAGAAUUCCUCAGCCAGCAAAGCUGGCUGAGGAAUUCUGGAAGUUGAAGCCCACAAGUCUUAAAAGUUGCCAAAGUUGAGGACCCCUGUUCUAAGGUUUAUGCUUGGUUGAUAAAUGCAGUUAAUGUCAAAGUAAUUCAGUCAUACCUAGCGAUGGCAAGAUUAUCCAUAUUAUAUACUGACAUAGUCGUUUUUCCGGGUUCAUAUUUAAAAGAAGAAGAGAGAUUUUUAUUUAUUUUUUUGCUUUUGUUUGAGGGGGCAAAGUAUGAAAACAUUUAGGUGUGAUGAAAUGAAAUAGGAUGUGCUUUAUUUAUUGUCAAGCAUGAAAAAACCAGAUCCACAUGUAAAGGUUAUAAUUAAGUGAUUUAUUAUUACAGCCUAUACAUAGGAAUCUCCUCAUAUUAAGAGUUAGCACCUGGACAGAACUAGAUAAGUGUUAAUGGUGUUCAAGGGGGGGGGGGUUGGACUUAGUUCGCUUGUGGCUACAAAAUGAUUCUAAACUGAGGCCUAGUUUAACUCCUCCCCCUGGCUCUGCCAGUCUCUUUCCUACAUUUAUUGAUAUCAAGCAAAUGAUUACUUCAGGUAUUCCUCGCUUAAUGACUGCCCUAUUUAAUGACUCUUCAAAAUUACGAUGGUGCUGAAAAAGUAGCUUUAUGACCAGUCCCUGCCCUUGGCAACUGUUACAACAUCCUGCGGUUAUUGGGAACUCCAAUUGUACACUUCAUAGCCAGUUUCCAACAAAGCACAAUGAAGAAGCCAACAAUAAAAUUACAAGUCACAAUCACCUGAUGUCUUUCUUAAAGACUAUGUUGCUUAGCAACAGGGUUGCUGGUCCUAAUUAUGAUAAUUGAGGACUACCUAUCCAGUUUUUAUCCAAGAAAAUAUAGUAGAGCAUUAUUCUCAAUAUUGAGGAUUUAUAAUUGGACUAUACUGUUUCAUCAAUACAAAUGCCAUCAGAUAUGGCGACUUUAUCACCUGGGGACUUCAAGGUGAGAAAAAUCCUGGAUAGAUGCAUCUCUGAAAGCGUAUGGGUGCUAAGGAUGGAAUUCUGCCUGCUGACGUGGUUGUUCCUACAAAAUUUCUUCAGACAAAGAAAAGCUAAAAAAAUUGCUCAUGUGUGCUCUGGAUGGCAGUUCCUUAUGAGGAAGCCUGCAGCAACCAAAGGAUUCUGCAAGCACCUCAUGAGUAAAAAGUACAUGGAGCCAAGGAAGAUGUAAUUUGCAGCCUCAAUGGAGCCUUUAAUACAGGGGUUUCAAACUUAUAACAUCAUGUGAUGUGUUGCGAUGUAUCGCAACUUUUCCCAUUGCCGGCAAUGGGGUGGGCGCGAUUUCGUUGUAACACAUCCAGCCUGUGGGCCGGCAGUUUGACACCCCUGCUUUAAUAGAUACCAAAUCCCACUUUCUUAAGCACUUUAGAUAGUAACUAUUUAAAAACUAAAAAAUUUUCGGGAGUAACAGUUUAACUGAACCUUCUGUGUUUAACAGAAAAAGAAGAGAAAAAGUCUUCAGGAAUUAACUUGCAGCAAAAAGCACAUUAAAACUUGGACUAUAAAAGUUUUAAACAAAUAUAGGGACCAGUGGUAUAUAUAUUUUUUUAAUUUUAUUUUUACUAGGUUCCUAUAUAAAUGGAGGAGAGGAAUGUGAGGAGAGUAGAAGUGGCUGAAAUGGCUAAAUUGACUUGUCUAAUUAAAGAAGGAGCAACAAUAAUUAUUUUUUAUAGAAGAGUGGAAACCCUUUAUGGACUUUUUGCUGCAAAUGGACAAAAAUGGGAUCCAAAAUAUAUAAUUUCAGAGGCUGGAAGUGGUGAAUAAUCAUGCUAGUAAUGGUUUGCCUUCAGAAGUUGUGGGUGCUCAAUCACUGGAGGUUUUUAAGGAGAGAUUGGACAACCAUUUGUCUGAAAUGGUAUAGGGUCUCCUGCUUGAUCAGGGGGUUGGACUAGAAAACCGCCAACGUCCCUUCCAACUCUGUUAUGGUGUUGUAUAUGUUCUGUUUUCUACAAAGAAGAUUGGGAGUUGCUUCUUUAGAUAUCUUUCUUCUUCUUUAUCCCACUUUUUCAUUUUUUUUAUAUCUCUUACAUACAUAUAUAUAAGCAAUCAAGUACUUUGUGUACUAGACUACGUUACUACUAUUCAUAGUUUCUUGUUGACAUUACCUCUCUACAUAUUAUUGUCUAUUGAAUGAAUGUUUUGCUGGGUCACAAAUCCAGAUGGUAUUUUGAAAGGCCUUUGUGAAUUAGUUCAAUAUCUAAGUGACAGCACUAGAUACAAAAAUACUUUUCCUGAGUCUUCCUCUUUCGUUCUUUAUUUCAGUCCUGGAUUGAAUGCCCAUCUGCUGGAGUGUAUUUUAUAAGUUAAACUCCUGAAUAUAUUUAUUAGAAUUAUGCAGCCCUUUUGAUUUAGUUUCAACAAAUGUUUUGACACACCCAGUUCUGUGAGCAUAGCACCUGCCUACAGCUCUUUGAAACCUUCAUAUCUUUUCUCAGGAUUCGAUGAAUAUCCUGUGAGAGAUAGGGGAAAAUAUGGCUGCUUUAAAGAGUUGCAAGCAGGUGCCACAUUUGCUCUCCUGUGCUUUCUAAAGCCCUUUUUUGGAAUGGAAUCAAAGGCAUUGCAAAGCCCUUGAAUGUAUAUAUUUAUUAGGCAGUAGAAGGGGCAUAAAUAUAAUCGUAGCCUUCACAAAUAAGCUAGUUAAUUAUAAAAAGAGUUUUAUUUUCUUAGACUGGAGUUUGUCAAGUGUAUAAAAUGCAGAAACUUUCAGGAUACAACUGAAAAAAAGCAAACCAUAUAUACAGUAUGGAAUUCUGUGCCACAUCAGUGAUAACAGUAUUGUACCAAUCUAAGACUUUGUGUUAAUAGUUUGAUAUUCUGUAAGCAUAAUCUGUCCAUCUGUCUAUAAGCAGUUUAUCUGGAAAGCCAAUUAAAAUGUAUUAACAAAAUCUGUUA